AUGUCCAUAUCGAGCUCGUCGCAGCAGGCGGCCCUCCGCCUGGCCUGCCGCCACCGCCGCCUCCUCCUCCCGCCCCGACUGCCGCCUCCUCACCCCCCUCGAGCGCCGCAACGACAAGCCCGCGCGGGCGUCGCCAGCCUCACGCCGCCGCACCAGGCCGCCGCCAUCUCGCGCCUGCAGACGAGCGUCGACCCGGCCUCGGACGACUUCCGCCACAACGAGCGCCAGAUGGCCGACGUCGUCGCCCGCAUGCAGGAGCUGGCGCGCGCCGCCCAGCGCGGCGGACCCGACAAGGCGCGCGACAAGCACCUCGCCCGCAACAAGAUGCUGCCCCGCGACCGUGUCGCCGCCCUCAUCGACCCGGGCACCACCUUUCUCGAGCUUUCCCCCAUGGCCGGCUACCAGCUGUACCCCGAGGCCGAUGUCCCCGCCGGCGGCAUCAUCACCGGCGUCGGCGUCGUCGAGGGCGUCACCUGCGUCAUUGUCGCCAACGAUAGUACCGUCAAGGGCGGCACAUACUAUCCCAUUACUGUCAAGAAGCACCUGCGCGCCCAGGCCGUUGCGCAGGAGAACAAGCUACCCUGCAUCUACCUCGUCGACUCGGGCGGCGCCAACCUCCCCCACCAGUCCGACGUCUUCCCCGACCAAAAUCACUUUGGUCGCAUCUUCUACAACCAGGCGCGCAUGUCGGCCGCCGGCAUCCCCCAGAUCUCGGUCGUUAUGGGCCCCUGCACCGCCGGCGGCGCCUACGUGCCCGCCAUGAGCGACGAGUCCAUCAUCGUCCAGGACCAGGGCCACAUCUUCCUCGCCGGCCCGCCCCUCGUCAAGGCCGCCACCGGCGAGGUCGUCUCCCCCGAGGACCUCGGCGGCGGCCGCAUGCACUCGUCCGUCUCGGGCGUCACCGACUACCUGGCCGUCGACGACGCGCACGCCAUCGUCCUUGCGAGGCGCUGCGUCUCCAACCUCAACUGGCCGACGACAACGAGGCAGAAGGCGACAGAGGCCGUCGACGUCGACGACGCGCCCCUCUACAACCCCGACGAGCUGCUCGGCAUCGCCUCCACGAACCUGCGCAAGCCCAUGCCCAUCCGCGAAAUCAUCGCCCGGAUCGUCGACGGCUCCCGCUUCUCCGAGUUCAAGCGCGACUUCGGCACCACGCUCGUCACCGGCUUCGCCUCCAUCCACGGCCACCGCGUCGGCAUCGUCGCAAACGACGGCAUCCUCUUCGCCUCGUCCUCGGUCAAGGGCGCCCACUUUGUCGAGCUCUGCACCCAGCGCGGCAUCCCCCUCGUCUUCCUCCAGAACAUUGCCGGCUUCAUGGUCGGCGCCGCCUCAGAGCGCGACGGCAUCGCAAAGCACGGCGCAAAGCUCGUCACCGCCGUCGCCUGCGCAGACGUCCCCAAGUUCACCGUCGUCGUCGGCGGCUCCUACGGCGCCGGCAACUACGGCAUGUGCGGCCGCGCCUACUCGCCGCGCUUCCUGUGGAUGUGGCCAAACGCCCGCAUCGGCGUCAUGGGCGGCGAGCAGCUCGCCGCCGUCAUGGAGACGGUCGGCCAAAAGGUCGAUCCCCAACUCAAGGCCCGCAUCGACCGCGAGAGCGACGCCACCUACUCGUCUGCUCGGCUCUGGGACGACGGCAUCAUACCCCCACAACACACCCGCCGCUACCUCGCCCUUGGCCUCGACGCCGCCAUGGGGGGACGCAACCAGGUAAAGCCGGGCGACACAAAGUAUGGUGUCUUCAGGAUGUAA